AUGUCCUCGCCGAGCCUUGCCGUCCUCUCGGCGCUCGACUCCGCGCGCACGCAAUGGUAUCAUAUUACGGCGAUUGUGAUCGCCGGCAUGGGGUUCUUCACGGACGCGUACGACCUCUUCUGCAUCUCCACGGUGUCGAGGCUCCUCGGCCGCCUCUACUACUUCGACGCGAGCAGCUCGAAGCCCGGGAAGCUGCCGCGCAACGUGAACAACGCGGUGACCGGCGUGGCGCUGGUCGGGACGCUGAUGGGCCAGCUGGUGUUCGGCUGGUUCGGCGACAAGCUCGGCCGCAAGCGCGUGUACGGCGUGACCCUCGUGCUGAUGGCCGCCUGCGCCAUCUGCUCGGGCCUGUCGUUCGGCCGAUCCCCGCGGGCCGUCAUGGUCACGCUCUGCUUCUUCCGCUUCUGGCUCGGCUUCGGCAUCGGCGGCGACUACCCGCUCUCCGCCACGAUCAUGUCGGAGUACGCCAACAAGAAGACGCGCGGCGCGUUCAUCGCCGCCGUGUUCGCGAUGCAGGGCGUGGGGAUCAUCUUCGCGGGGCUGGUGUCGAUGGUGCUGUCGAAGAUUUUCCUGGACUGCUAUCCGGCGCCGAGCUAUGCAAACAGCAGGAGUCAGUCGACGCAGCAGGAGGCGGACUACCUGUGGAGGAUCGUGCUGAUGCUGGGGGCGCUGCCGGCGGUGGUGACGUUCUACUGGAGGAUGAAGAUGCCGGAGACCGCGCGGUACACGGCGCUGAUCGCGGGCAACGCGAAGCAGGCGGCGAUGGACAUGGGGAAGGUGAUGGAGCUGGAGAUCGACGCCGACGCCGACAAGCUGGCGCAGUUCAAGGCGGCCAACAACUACUCGCUGCUGUCGCGGGAGUUCCUGCACCGCCACGGCUUCCACCUCCUCGGCACCACGACCACGUGGUUUCUGCUCGACAUCGCCUUCUACAGCCAGAACCUCACCCAGAAGGACAUCUUCCCCGCCAUUCACCUCGUCCAAACGCCCGACAAGGUGAACGCGCUGCGCGAGAUGUUCGAGACCUCUCGCGCCAUGUUCGUCGUCGCGCUCUUCGGCACCUUCCCGGGCUACUGGGUCACGGUACUGACGAUCGAGAAAAUGGGGCGGUACCUGAUCCAGCUGAUCGGGUUCUUCAUGAUGUCGGUGUUCAUGCUGAUCCUGGGGCUCAAGUACGACUACCUGAAGAACCACAAUGCGUGGCUCUUCGCCUUCCUCUACGGCCUCACCUUCUUCUUCGCCAACUUCGGCCCCAACAGCACGACCUUCGUCCUCCCCGCCGAGCUCUUCCCGACCCGCGUCCGCUCCACCUGCCACGCCCUCAGCGCCGCCGCGGGCAAAGGCGGCGCCAUCGUCGGCGCCUUCCUCGUCCAGAACUACACCCUCGAAGGCAAAGCUUCGCAGAUCAAGGGCGCGCUCAUCACCCUCGCCUUCACCAACAUGCUCGGCUUCUUCUGCACCUUCCUCGUCAAGGAGACCAUGGGCCUCUCCCUCGAGGAGAUCUCCGGUGAGGACGAGGCCGCCGCCGACGAGAAAGCUUAA